AAUCUGAAAUAAUAUCCGUUCGUAAAUACGUCAUCCUCCGCUGGAUCGAAAAGAAAGCAAAAUCAUCUGUGUUUUUUGAGUCAUUUCCUGGACUGGCCUGAUCGAACGGCACGAUAGGCAGCAAACGCAUAUUUACUCGAUUUAGCGAAACCGUAGCAGAACGCAGAAUGUUUCGUACAUCCGUGUUUGAUAAAAGUUUGGAAAAUGCUACCAGCAACCUUAACCUGGAACCGGACUGGCAGGCGAUACUGGUCAUCUGUGACACCAUCCGGCAGGGCGAUGUGAAUGCCAAGUAUGCCGUGCAGGCGCUGAAAAAGAAGAUGCAAUCGCCGAACCCGAUCACGGCCAUGUACGCCCUGCUGGCGCUGGAAAGCAUCGUAAAGAACUGCGGUACACCCGUGCACGACGAGAUCGCGAACAAGGCCAACUGCGAGAUGUUCCAGACGCUGGUCAACACUACGAAGCACGAGGAAGUGAGGGCGAAGAUGCUGGAGCUUAUACAGGCCUGGGCGUACGCGUUCCGGUCCACCAUAAAGUAUCGCUCGAUAAAGGAUACGAUGAACAUUUUGAAAACGGAGGGCCAUAAGUUCCCGGAGCUGAAGGAAGCGGAUGCAAUGUUUUCCUCGGACAUUGCCCCCGAUUGGGUUGAUGGAGACGUUUGCCACCGUUGCCGAUCGCAGUUUACGUUCACCGUGCGCAAGCAUCACUGCCGCAACUGUGGACAGGUCUUUUGUGCCCAGUGCUCGUCGAAGAACAGCACGCUGCCCAAGUUUGGCAUUGAGAAGGAGGUGCGCGUAUGUGACGGAUGCUACGCUCAACUGCAGCGACCGACCGCAACGCUUACGAAGAAACCUACUGAGGAAGAAGAUUUGCCGGCCGAAUAUUUGACCAGCUCGCUUGCCCAACAGGCACAGGGUCCGGCACGCAAGACGGACGAAGAGCUGCGGGAAGAGGAGGAACUCCAGCUGGCCCUUGCGUUGAGCCAAUCGGAAGCGGAAACCAAGCAGCAAGUUCAGGCACGUCGGGUCACGUUCCACAAGGCACCGGAAUCACCGGAAUCGCAAACGCCCCAGGCGCAGGUCAAACGAAGCCCGUCGCCUGUUGAAGAACCGCCGGCCGAUCCGGAGCUGGCACGCUAUCUGAAUCGCAACUAUUGGGAGCAGCGCCAGGUGAUGGAUUCGCCGGCCUCGCCAUCGGCACCGAGCCCGAUGCCAAGCCCGAUGCCAUCGAUGCAGCCGAUCCUUCUGACCAAGAGCGCACCGGAAGACGCGGAGAUUGACGAGUUUUCCAACAUGAUGAAAACGCAGGUGGAAAUCUUUGUGAAUCGCAUGAAAUCGAACUCGAGCCGGGGUCGGAGCAUUUCGUGCGACAGUUCGGUACAAACGCUGUUCAUGAAUCUGACCUCGCUGCAUGCCCGGCUGCUCACGUUCAUUAAGGACAUGGACGACAAGCGCAUGUGGUACGAGCAGCUGCAGGACAAGCUGACGCAGAUCAAGGAUUCGCGCGCCGCUCUGGAUGUGUUGCGGCAGGAGCAUCAGGAGAAGUUGCAGCGCAUUGCUGAGGAACAGGAACGGCAGCGACAGCUGCAGAUGGCCCAGAAGCUGGAGAUUAUGCGCAAGAAGAAGCAGGAAUAUCUGCAGUACCAGCGCCAGGUCGCUUUGCAACGCAUUCAGGAGCAAGAGCGUGAGAUGCAAAUGCGUCAGGAGCAGCAGAAGGCCCAGUAUCGCAUGGGAACGGCAUUCCCGUUCAUGGCGCCUGGUCCGGCACCGGGACCAGGACCACAGGGAUCGCCUGUGCAUGUUGGAGGAGUGCCUGGUGGUUAUCCGGGACCGGGAUAUGGACCGUACGGUCCAAUGCCUCCAACGAACGGUACACUUCCACACUAUCAACAACAGCCGCAGCAGCAGCAGCAGCAGCCACCGCAACAAAUGUUUUCACCCCAACACACCGGACAGUACGGAAUGCCUGGUGCAACCGCUCCGGGUGCGGACGGACAGGUUCCAAUGCAGCAAGGCCCGAUGCAACCGCCACCCGGUGGACCUGGCAUUAUUCCUCCCGGGAUGAAUGUAAUGCCUGGACAGGUGCCACCACCGGGUGCCAUGAAUAUGCCUGGCGGCGGCCAUAUGCCAGGGGCACCCAUGAUGGGCCCUCCACAACAACCUCAACCACAGCAGCAGCCGCAGCAGCAACCACCGCCGCAACAACAACAUCCACAGCAGCAGCAUCCCCAACAACAACCACAACAAUUACCACCCCCAACUCAGCAGCAGGCCGGUUUAAUGGGCGGCAACCCAAUGCAACCGCCGAACGAUCUGCAGCAUCAACAACAGCAACAGGGACAGAUUCCUCCACCGGUUGCGAUGCCUCCCGUAGUGCAGAUUCCUCCACCCGCGCCGAUAGUUUCGGCACCGGAAGCAGCACCGGUAGCCGCUCCACCACCUCCGCAAGCGCAACCCGCAGCCUCGAAUCCUGAACCAGCUACGGCCGAAUUAAUAAGCUUUGAUUAAAGAAAGGAAUGGUAGAAGAAGCUAGACGGAAAUGCCCAUCAAGUAUCAACUAUUACAAGCAGUGGAGCUGUCUGUUCAGAGCUUUUUCGUUCUAUUUUCCCUUUAUUAUAUGCAAACACUUCGUUAUUGUCAAACUGCUGCGUAAGCGCAAAAUAAUUAUGUACCGAACCACAUGAUAUGAUAAUGAAAAUAAAUCUUACUAUGACAGGUUAA